AUGCUUGGGAAUACACAAUCCCAUCGCCCUGAAAAACUAGGCUUCGCCGUUGAAGCCCGUUUCCUUCACAAGAAGUCGUCCCACAAGCCAUCCAAACCAUGCAUAAAGAACUGCGAUUGUCGCGUUCAUCCACGAACCCAGAAGCGGCUUCCACGAACCACUGGAGGGACGGUGGCACUGGUCAUUGAAAUCGUGGAUUUCGACUCAUCACUUGACGAGGCAUCGCACAAAUGUGAUUAA